AUGAGCGCCAAAACGAGAUCCCAUGCCGACUACAACGUUGGAUGGGUCUGUACGUUGCCCCAAGAGCAAACUGCAGCCAUAGCCAUGCUGGACGAGAGGCAUGAAGAUCUAACUAAGGCGCCAACUGACACCAACGCCUACACGCUCGGCUCAAUUGGCCAUCAUAACAUCGUCAUUUCUUGUUUGCCCAAGGGCCACACCGGUCUGAAUUCGGCAGCCACCGUGGCCAUUCAAAUGAUUCAAACAUUUCCAUCUAUUAGAAUCGGUCUCUUGGUCGGCAUCGGGGGAGGAAUCCCACCAAAAGUGCGACUAGGCGAUGUGGUUGUAAGCACACCAGUUGGUCAAUUUCCUGGAGUUGUUCAGUGGGAUAUUGGCAAAUCGACGGAAAGGGGCUUUGAAAGGACUGGAUCGUUAAACAAUCCACCCAACUUUUUAUUGUCUGAGCUGGGCAAACUAGAAUCGAACCACGAGCUAGCAGACCCAAAGGUUUCCGUCUUUCUCGAGCAAUUUGGGAAGGCAUAUCCACAGGCCGCGAAGAAAUACCUCAAAUCUACCUCCCUUGAAGAUUUAUUAUUCAAGUCUAGCUAUUUACAUGUUCACAAGAAACUUGCCGAAGAUGAUGAUGUGGACGACUAUGGUGACGAUGGAUCGGAAGAUAGCGAAGCGGGGCCGGUCUGUGCUGCAUGUGAUAAAUCUCAGAUCGUUAAAAGAAAAGUUCGGACAAAGAUCAUGCGCAUUCAUUACGGCCUCAUUGCUUCCAGUAAUACAACAAUCGAUAAUGCUGAGUUUCGGGAUAGUCUUAACAAAGAGCUUGGUGGCAAAGUCCUUUGUGUUGAGACAGAGGCUGCGGGACUUAUGAACAGUUUCCCGUGCCUUGUCAUACGAGGCAUCUGUGACUAUGCGGACUCACACAAGAACAAGACUUGGCAGAAACACGCGGCUGCAGUGGCAGCAGCAUAUACGAAGGAGCUCUUGGGCUGUGUUCAGCCAAGUGAUGUUGAAAGAGAGCGGCCAAUAAGAGAUAUACUGAACGAUGGUGAUUUUGCGAUCAUCGUAGGCACCAUGCUUACUGUUUCAAUAGUUCAGAAAGUUCGAGAACAAAACGAAGCCCUGUCAUGGUUGAGCUCUGCUGAGUCUGCUUCUACACAUUACGACUACAUUACGAAGUGCGAACUUGGAACAGGCCAAUCCCUUUUAGUUUCUAGAGAAUUCCAGCAAUGGAUAAGGAUUCCACAAACGACUCUAUUCUGUUCUGGCAUUCCAGGCGCCGGGAAGACUUUCCAGACGGCUAUCCUAAUAGACCAUUUAAUCAAUAGAUUUCGGAAUGACAACAUGAUUGGCCUUGCUUUCUUUUAUUGCAGGUUCGACGGUCAAGAUGCCCAGAAACCACAGCAACUCAUUUCAAAUCUCAUCAAGCAGCUAGGUCAAAAUCAUGAACCUUCGCGUGAAAAGAUAAGAAAUUUUUAUGAAGACUAUAAGAAGAGAGGCAACCGGCCGUUGAUUAUAGAUCUUACCAAUUUGCUUCACGCAAUAAUACCGUUAUUUUCGAGAGUUUACAUUCUAAUUGACGCUCUAGACGAGUGUGACGACAAUGAUUUUAGCCGCACAAGAUUGCUCGAUAACUUAUUUGCCGCACAAAGGUCUGGACUUAAUAUUUACGCUACGUCGCGAAAAUUCAGUGUUAUUGAGCAGAGAUUUCAAAGAGCUUUAAAGUGGCAAAUUCGUCCCAGCAAAAAUGACAUUUUUUUGUUUCUCGAUCAGCGCUUGGCACAACUGCAGGGAAGCAUCCCCUUAAAAGAUGAAAUAAAAGAUGAGAUCAAGCAAUCCAUAUAUUCUUCCAUUGAAGGGAUGUUUCUCUUAGCUCCGUUGUACAUCGACUCUCUUGUUGGCAAGAGAUCCUUUGCAAAGGUUCGGGAGGCAUUGGCUGGGUUAAAGAAAUCCCCAAAAGAAUCAAAAAAUAGAUCAGAUGUUCUAAGUAAAGCCUACCAUAAGGCAAUGGAGCGAAUACACCAACAGAAAGGCGACCUGCCUACAGACGCAAUGGUCAUCCUUGCAUGGGUGGUAAAAUCCAAGAAACCACUUCCAAUCGACGCACUUCGAUUAAUACUCGCAAUUAAUAUUGAAGCAUCUGAAAUAGAUAAAAAUGACCUCCCGACUGCCCAGCAUAUCACACGAGCUUGCGCUCCACUUGUUGUGAUAGACAGCAACACUCAAACGGCUCGACUAGCCCAUUACACCAUUCAAGAAUAUUUUGAAGGUUCGAACAACAUCUGGAUGAGAAAAUCUCAAGAAAAAAUUGCAAGUAUUUGCAUGUCAUACCUAUCAUUUUCAAAAAUUCGAUCUAUUUUCGGUUCCCAUUCCCAUAAUUUCACUUAUGGAAACGGAGAAGGGUUCUUUCACACAUACGCGACGGAAUUCUGGGCGCAUCAUACGGCUAAAGCUUUAGCUGAAGGCCUGGAAGUCGAAAAAGUAGUGGGCUUCCUCGAGAACAGCACCAAAUCGAAUAUGUGGUGUGAUUCAUUGAUGCAAAUCGAUUUAGCGAAAAAUAGCUUCUCCGCAAAGUCAGGCAACGAUUUACUCCAAACUUCAGAGCAAGUGGUGGCAUUGCACGUCGCAGCUUGCUUUGGGUUGCCAGAUGUGGUGGCAGAGCUAGUUUCAAAAGGAUAUAAUCCCGAUACUAAGGAUAGGCGUUCCAGGACACCUCUAUGGUGGGCAGUGAAUAACGAGCAUGUGGAAGUGAUUAAAAUUUUACUUCAAAGAAACGUCGACAUCGAAGCCAAAGACAGCUUACAUUACAAAACGCCCCUAAAGCUGGCAGUACAGCGGGAUUCGGCAUACAUUGUUGAAUUGCUCCUAAAUAAUGGCGCUGACGCGAAAAUAGAGACAAAGCAUGCAUUUCAUUCAGCAAUAUCAGCGCUACACAUAGCCGUCGAGGGACGAAAGCGGAUUAUAACCGAACAAUUGCUCACAAACGGCGCAAAAGUAAACAUCCGAAAUGACAAGGGUUCAACAGCGUUACAUAUUGCUGUAAAAUCUAAUCAACAGGACAUAAUCGAACUAUUACUCGCAAACGGCGCAAAAGCAAACAUCCAAAAUAACGAGGGUUUAACAGCACUACAUAUUGCUGUAGAAUCUAAUCAACGGGACAUAAUUAAACUAUUGCUGGCAAACGGCGCAGAAAUAAAUAUCCAAAAUAACAAGGACCAACAGGGUUUCACGGCAUUGCACAUGGCUAUAAGUCUUAAUCAUCAUGAAGCAAUUGAAGCAUUGCUUACACAUGGCGCCGAUAUCGAGAUCGAAAAUCAAGAAGGUUUCACACCAUUGCACAUGGCUAUAAUGCUUAAUCAUCGUGAGGCAAUUGAAGCAUUGCUUAUACAUGGCGCCGAUAUCGAGAUUGAAAAUCAAGAGGGUUUUACAGCAUUGCAAAUGGCCAUAAGCUUUAAUUACCUGAAUGCAAUUGAGGUAUUGCUUACACAUGGCGCAGACAUGGGGGCUCGACAUCAAUACGGCUUGCCAGCAUUACACGUGGCUGCAAAAUUGGGUUAUCAUAUCGCUGUUGAAAUGUUGCUCUCAAAUGGUGCAGAUACAGAGAUCCGAGACAAGGAUGGCUGGAAAGCGCUACAUAUUGCUGCGAGGUUUGAUAGGCCGAUGGUAGCCAAAGUAUUGCUCACACACAGCGCAGAC